AGUAUCUAAGUGAGCAAUAGAAUGGAAUUUGAUAGUACGUCAAAAUUUGGGGUUAGGAGUUCAAAAUCGCAUAAACGAACGAAGAAAGGGUAUGAAUCUAAAGAAAUUACAAGUAAAAUAGAUAAAACUAUUACCUCAGAAUCUGAUACUAAUCAAAUGGAAAAAGUAAAUAAGCAGGAGUUAAAAUAUACAAGACAAAAAAGAAAAAGAAAGAUUUCAAAUAAUAAUAACAACAAUAAUAAUACUAAUAAACGUACAAUUAAUGACAAUGAUGAGGAAAAUGUCUUUGCUGAAAUAAAAGAAAACCAGGAUAAAAAAGAUGAGAAAAAGACAAAUAGUAUAUGCACAAGAACUAACUUAAAUGAUACAGAAAAGAUUCACAAAAAUGACGAAAAAAAGGUUCGGACAAAACAGCCUUCUAAGAGACAAUUGAAGAGAGAAAAAGCUGAGAAAAAAGAGAAUGAAAAAAGAAUGAGCAAUAGAAUGGAAACAAUGAAGAAAGGACUUAAUUAUGUUUCAAAGUGGAAACAUGCACGAUCUGAAUGGAAAUUUGAAAAAUUAAGGCAAAUUUGGUUAAUUGACAAUUUACUGGAUGAAACUUCUAUACCAGAUGACAUUUUUCCAACAGUUUUGGAGUAUUUUGAAGGGUGUAAAGGAAUGGCUAGAGAACAACUUUUAAAAAAAGGCAUGGAUAUUAUAAGGAAGGUAGAAGAGAAUGAAGAAAACAAAGACGAAGUAGAAUCUAUUGCUUAUCAAAGGGCAAGGGAACUUCUACAAGCUUUACCUACGGAAACUUAAUUAAUUUGCAAUUAUACUUAAAAUUUAUCAACAUUUGACAAAAUGAAACAUUCUUUUAUAUGUUGCUAAUCAUUGUUCUUUCAUUCAUAAAAUAGUUGUAUUAAAUUUUGGUAAAUAAUUAAAUUUAUUUGUUUAUUA